AUGCCCACCAGCGCACCAGCCGAUAAAUCUAGGCAGACCUCGGCUGGAAAGUCGUUUUUUGGGAGGAAAUUGUACAAGGACCGGUCUGCCGAUGAUCGCUAUGAUGGGUAUGGAGGCUCUCACGAUAGCCUCGCGCCGCCCGGCAGUUCAGCUGGCUCGCGCUCGUCCCGCUACUCGAAACGCUCUUCGAUCCAGUCCGUCGACAUGACCCAUGAUAUGGACCCCGGUAGCAUAGCGCCUACCGCCGGUGUCAUCACAUCUAUUCCCUUCGAGAGUCUUCCCUCCGACACUAAGACGCCGAUCCCGAUCGACUCCAUGUUACGGCCUGAUUCAUCCCGCCAUGAGGCUUCACCCAACCUUAUCGGCAAGGCUGGUGGGGACUUCCAUCAGUAUCCCACUUGGACUUCAACUACAUCUGGUGACCGUGGUACUAGAUAUCAACAGUGGGGGCGACCAGGAAGUUCGGCUGCAAAUAAUGGGAUGGGCUAUAAUUCUUCGAUGGACUCGUCUUCAAACUCUCGAACGUCGCUCGACCAAACCAGCCUUUAUUCCUCCGUCUCUUCCAACACGCGAGGCUCGACCUACUUCUCCUCAGACGGCUCAUCCCGCACCCUCAACACCUCACAUUCGGGUGACCGCAACACUAUUUUCCCUAGCAGCAGCAGUGGCCGCCUGUCAAACGCCCAAUCUUCCUGGCAAGCGACGCAGCCGGUACCGGCUGCCGUGCCCCGCCCUCCAGAUCACUACCUGACGCGGCCUCGAGACGAUCGCAUGGUUGAUCAUUUAUUCUUGGAAUUAAUGCAGAAACGUGGCUGGCAGAAUCUUCCCGAGCAAGCCAAGCGGCAGAUGCUGUCAUAUCCCGCUUCUAAGAAGUGGACUUUGGUACAUCAGGAUCGGUUAACAGAAUUGCAAGGAGAGCAGAAGAGAAGACAACAUGCGCGACAGACUCAUGGCCACGAUGGACUUUCCGGUCUACUGGAGCGGGCCGAUGAAGAAGGCAGCCCCGAGUGGUACGUGAAGAAGGUGAUGGACGACACAAUUACUUCCAAGCAGCUCGCCAGUUUGAGCGUCAGUUUACGGACUCAGCCUAUCAGUUGGGUGAAAGCCUUUGUCGAAGCUCAGGGUCAGGUUGCCUUGACCAAUGUUCUCCAGAAGAUCAACCGAAGAAAAGCAUCUGGCCCUGUCCCCGCUCCCCCCACUGGCGAUAAGGAUCUGGAUCGAGAAUACGACAUUGCCAAGUGUUUGAAAGGAUUGAUGAACAACAAGUAUGGCGCAGACGAUGCCCUCGAACACCAAGGGGUCCUUGUCGCCCUGGUUAGCUCGCUGGCAUCUCCUCGUCUCAAUACCAGGAAGCUUGUGAGCGAGGUCCUUACCUUUCUUUGUCACUGGGCCGAUGGCCAAGGCCACAUGAAGGUUCUCCAGUCGAUGGAUAAGGUCAAGCAUGAUCACAACGAGACUGGUCGCUUUGAUGCCUGGAUGCGUAUUGUCGAGGUGACCGUUGAUGGCCGUGGCAAGAUGGGAAGCUUGGUUGGUGCCAGUGAAGAGUACCGCAGCGGCGGGAUUGGCAUGGAGAAUCUUCUGAUGGAAUACGCUGUUUCAACCAUGAUUCUCAUCAACAUGCUGGUGGAUGGAGCGGAGAAUGACUUGCAGCUGCGAUGUCAUAUCCGGGCUCAAUUCAUCUCAUGUGGUGUGAAGCGUCUCUUGACGAAGAUGGAGGGCUUCCAGUAUGAGGUUAUCGACAAGCAGAUUGAGCGGUUCCGGGAGAAUGAGGCCAUCGACUAUGAGGAUCUACUCCAGCGCGAGGGCAGCAGCAUGAAAGACAACGUUGAGGGCGAAGUAAAGGACAUGAGCGAUCCUCUGCAGAUCACAGAUGCGAUUGCGUCCAAGAUCAAUGGAAGCCGGGCCCAUGACUAUUUUCUGUCGGCCAUGCAGCAUAUGCUUCUCAUCCGGGAGAAUGCGGGCGAGGAGGGUCUGCGGAUGUUCCAGCUCGUGGAUGCUAUGCUCAGCUACGUGGCCAUGGACCGGAGGCUUCCCGACCUUGACCUGCGGCAAGGGUUGACGUUCACCGUGCAGAGUCUCUUGGACCGGCUUCAUACGGAUGCAGAAGCAAGGCGAGUUUAUGAUGAGUCCCUGGAGGCCCGCCAGAUUGCUGAAGCUGCCAUCGCCGAGCGUGAUGAAAUGAAAGCGCAGGUGGAGCUUGGUGCCGAGGGUCUUGUCAAGAAGCUCCAGAAGCAGAUUGAUGAACAGGCCGGCAUCAUCGACCUCCAAGGACGGCAAAACGAAGCUUUCAAGGCCGAGGUUGCAGAAGUGCAGAGACUACGUGCACAGGAACUGCAGCGAAAUGAACUGGAGACCCGAGAGCUCUACCUGAUGCUGCGGGAUGCCCAGGAUAUCGCCGCAUCCAAUGCUCGGAAGAACAAAACUACCGGAGUCGCAGACGCGACCCAUAUGCCCGGGAUCAUGGAUCGGGAAAGACUCAUGGAACGCUUGGAGCGCCAGCUUGAAAGAACCAAGACUCAAUUCAAGCUUGAAGGCAAGGUCUGGGGUCAGCACGGGCCAUCUGAUCGUCUCCGCGAACUGCGUGAGAAGAUGGAUGGAGAAGGAGAGUCAGAUGAAGAGUUUGCAGAGCAGACCCGUCGUACCCUGGAUUCAAGUGCCCUGGGGUCUGUUUACCGGAAGCGAAGCCAUAUUCCAGAGAUGGAUCAAACGCCGGAUCACGAACCGCAGCCCUCUCUGGACGAAAAUGAUGAGGAUAUGCACGACCGGACUCGUCAAGCAGAGCUGCAACAACCGCGCAUGAACCCUGCACAGGCGACAGGCCUGCUCGGCGAGCUUGCUUCUAAAGUUCCCAAGUAUGAUGAUGAAACCCCCGAGGCGGCUGGUACCGCAGAAGAGCCCACACCUCCAGCACCCGAAGAAGUCAGCGUUGCCGAAGAGGCUCAGGAUCAAAACCCGGAAGACAAAGAAGAGGCGACUCAAAAGGCUAUACCCCCUCCGCCCCCUCCACCUGGUGGGAGUGUUGUACCGCCUCCCCCUCCCCCAGGUGGAAAGAUUGUUCCCCCUCCUCCCCCUCCAGGUGGAAGUGCUGUUCCACCGCCGCCCCCUCCAGGCGGAGCCAAAGGUGUUCCAGCUCCGCCGCCACCGCCCCCUCCCGGUGCCAGACCCGGGAUGCUUCCUCCCCCUCCCCCUCCCCCAGGAGGUGCUGCAGGACUUCCACCACCACCACCUCCUCCGGCUCUUGGGGCUGCAAGAGGCUUGGUACCGCCACCGCCACCACCCAGCGCACCCUUGGGUGCAGGCUGGCGGCCGAAUUAUAUGGUUCCCGAUUCUGUUUCGUCCCCAGCGCUUAUGCCAUCUAUCCGACCUAAGAAGAAGCUCAAAGCUCUCCACUGGGAGAAGGUUGAUACUCCUCAGGUGACUGUGUGGGCUGGCCAUGCACCGACAGCCCAAGAGAAAGAAGAGAAAUACACGGAGCUCGCCAAGAAGGGUGUGCUGGAUGAAGUUGAGCGGUUGUUCAUGGCCAAAGAACACAAGAUCUUUGGAACUAGUACAGCAGCGAAGCAGCGCAAGGACAAGAAACAGAUCAUCUCCAAUGACCUGUCUAAGAAUUUCCAGAUUGCCCUGGCAAAGUUCUCUCAGUACCCUGUGAAUGAUGUGGUGCGGAUGAUCAUUCACUGUGAUCGGGAGAUGCUGGAUAACAUGGUCGUCAUGGACUUCCUGCAAAGAGAUGAACUGUGCACAAUACCGGAGAAUGUUGCCAAGCUGAUGGCACCCUACAGUAUGGACUGGACCGGACCCGAUGCCGUCAGUUCUGAACGCGAGCAGGAUCCCAACGAACUCACUCGCGAGGAUCAGUUGUACCUCUAUACCUCCUUCGAGUUGAAUCACUACUGGAAGGCCAGAAUGAGAGCGCUGGCAUUGACGCGCUCCUUUGAGCCUGAGUAUGAGUACAUCUCUACGAAGCUGCAAGAGGUGGUGAAGGUUAGCGAGUCGUUGCGGGAUUCAGUUUCCUUGAUGAACGUGCUCGGCCUGAUUCUGGAUAUUGGAAACUUCAUGAACGAUGCCAACAAGCAAGCUCAGGGUUUCAAGCUGAGCUCCCUCGCUCGGUUGGGAAUGGUCAAGGAUGACAAGAACGAGACCACCUUCGCCGACUUGGUUGAGCGGAUCGUUCGCAACCAAUACCCCGAGUGGGAAGAAUUCCUCGACGAGAUCAGCGGCGUGGUUGGUUUGCAGAAGACCAGUGUUGAUCAACUUCGAACCGACGCCAAGAAGUAUAUCUCCAAUAUCAAGAACGUGCAGUCGAGUCUGGAUGCGGGCAACCUGAGCGAUCCGAAGAAAUUCCACCCGCAGGAUCGUGUCAGCCAGGUGGUUCAGCGAACCAUGAAGGACGCCCGGCGAAAGGCUGAACAGCUGCAGCUUUACCUGGAUGAGAUGGUCAAAUCGUAUGAUGAUAUCAUGGUCUUCUACGGUGAGGACAACUCGGAUGAAAAUGCGCGACGAGACUUCUUCGCCAAGUUGGCCGCGUUCUUGCUCGAGUGGAAGAAAUCACGAGAGAAGAACAUGACCUUAGAGGAGGCUAGAAAGCGCACAGAAGCUUCUCUUGCUCGCAAGCGCAUCAAUGUUAACCUCGCCAACGGCGGUGGCGGUCCAGUUGAGAUUCCGAAUUCACCUGCCACCAGCGGUGCAAUGGACUCCUUGCUGGAGAAGCUACGUGCCGCAGCUCCUCAGGCUAAGGAUCAGCGCGAUCGCCGCCGCCGUGCUCGGCUCAAGGAGCGCCACCAGUUUCGCGUCGCCUCGGGUCAGCAUGCCCCCGACGCCGAUGGGGCCGAAGAAGGUGACUCUGGAAGCAACAAACCCGCUGACGGCGACGAAAAUGUUGAUGAGAAUGGCCAUCUCAGCCCUCCUAUCGCCGAGGAUGAAGAAGGCGGGAAAGAAGUUUCUGAAGGCGAGGAUGUUGCCGAUCGAGCUGCCAGCAUGCUCCUCGGUUUGAGAAGCAACUCGGACGCUAGCGGCGAGCGCCAACGACGCAGAAGAGAAAGUGCCGACGAAGAGCGCCGGAACCGCCGCAUGAGACGGCGCACUGGAGCAACCGGGAGCAAAGACGGCGCCGAUGGGGCCGGCCUUCCGGCAGUCCAGGAGCCACCCUCGCCGUCGCGUACAGAUUCUAUUGGCACGGAGGAACAGUCGCUCCCAAGCCCUCACGACUCGCAACCACCGCCACCUGAGAUUGUCAUCUCAGACCAACACGAUGCGUCAUCCAAAGAACCCCCGGCUGAAGGGUCUUCUGCCAACCAACCCAUUGAAUUGUCGGAUUGA